AUGUCUGCCAUUGGUAUGCCACCUCAUAUUUUAAUUCUUUUUCAAGCAAGGCCUUUAUUAAAUUAUUAUAAACCAAUAAAAAAAAAAAAGCCAAAAGAAUAUAGUGGUUUAGCAGAUUUUUUGAAUUAUUUUGAAGAAGGAGAACCCCCCCCUAAAAUAAAAUUAGAAAAUACAAAAGAAAGAAAGGAAAGAAAAAAAAAAGAAAAAAUAAUGUAUAAUGAAUUAAUGCUAAAAGAAAAAAGAAGAAACUAUGAUCCUUUUAAAAAUGAAGAUUUAACUAAUGACCCGAAAAAAACUUUAUUUAUUGGUAGAUUAUCUUACGAAGUAAAUGAAAAAAGAUUAAAAAAAGAGUUUGAGAUUUAUGGGAAAAUUAGAAAAGUAAAAAUAAUUUAUGAUAAGGACAAUAAACCAAGAGGAUAUGCAUUUGUUGAAUUUGAGCAUACAAAGAGUUUAAAUCAAGCCUAUAAUUUAGCAGAUGGGAAAAAAAUAGACAACAGAAGAAUAUUAGUUGAUAUUGAAAGAGGAAGGACAAUAAAAAAUUGGCUACCUAGAAGAUUAGGAGGUGGGAAAGGUCCGGCAAGAGGAUCAGAAGAAAAAAAAAAAAUUACACAUAAUAUUAAUUGGAAUGCUUUAAUUAAUAAAGAUAAAUACAAAAGUGAUAAAAGAAGAAAUGAUGAUAGAUAUAAAAACAUACCAUUAUACAAUGAAAGAAAUGAUGAUGAUGAUGAUAUAAAACAUGUGUUAAAAAGUCAUAAACGUCAUAGAGGAGAUGAUAGAAAAAGUUCUAUGAGAGAACGUGGGCAUAGAAGUAAAAGAAGCUCUUCUCAUGAUAGGCAUCAUCAUAAACAUAGGAGAAAAGAAAGAAGUAGAGAUAGAGAAAGAGCUAAAGAAAGAAGUAGGGAUAGAGAAAGAAACAGAGAUAGAAGUAGAAGUAGAGGUAGAAAUAAAGAAAGAGAAAGAGAGAAAGAUAGAGAUAGAAAUAGGGAAAAAGAAAGAGAAAUAGAAAAAGAAAAGGAUAAAGAUAAAGAAAGAGAAAAAGAAAGAUACAUCGAUGUAGAAAGUUAUAAGGAAAAUAGUAGAAACAAUGAAAGAGAAAAUAAUAAAUUAUAUGAAAAUAUAAUGAAAAAUAAUUAUUACAAUUAUAAUAAUGAUAUUGAGUAA